GGCGAAAAGCGACGGACAGGUCGACAGAACGCGAGCGCUGUGGUUUAUCCGUGAAUAGCUAAGAAAAACAUUUAGCCACUAGCAACGGGGACCGUAGGUAACCAACAACGCAGCAAGUUCCCCGUAGCUGGGACGUGAGAGAAGCCGCGAAAUCAGGGCCGACAGUUAGCGCAUCCUGCACACUCCGCCGUAGCGAUACUUCUUCCGUGCGAUAAACAUCACAGACGGCCGCUGAUGUCCUCUGUCAGCGCCAAACUGUGAAGUCCGCAAAUAUAUAUAUUCAUAUAUAUAUAUACGUAGUGUAUUACUUGUUGCUUGUCUGACGCAUUCCAUUCCCCUUCACGACGGAACAAUACUAUUGGUCCGCGUGAAGCUAUUCUAGACGUUUAAGAAGUAAUCCAUAUCGUUGGUAAGGAGAAAGAUAAGAGCUGCGGCGAAAGUGUGACAUUGUGACGACGUGUUUACUGGUGUGCUUCAAAAGUAGUAGUGACCCUCUUCCGAAGAGAACUAGAGUGUGCGGGAAGAAGCAACAAAGGAACCGUGCCGGACCCCGCAUAAAGUGAAAGCAGUUCUUAAGAAAGAGCAAAAACAAAACAACAAUUAUACAACAAAAUGGGUAACGUAUUCGCUAACCUGUUCAAGGGAUUGUUUGGCAAGAAGGAGAUGAGAAUCCUGAUGGUCGGAUUGGAUGCUGCCGGUAAAACUACGAUCCUGUAUAAAUUAAAAUUAGGUGAAAUUGUUACAACGAUUCCUACUAUUGGUUUCAACGUGGAGACUGUAGAAUAUAAAAACAUUAGUUUUACAGUAUGGGACGUUGGCGGUCAGGAUAAGAUCCGGCCCCUGUGGAGGCAUUACUUCCAGAACACACAAGGACUUAUCUUCGUCGUCGAUAGUAACGACCGAGAACGUAUCGGCGAGGCACGGGAAGAACUGAUGCGAAUGCUGGCCGAAGAUGAGCUCAGAGAUGCUGUUCUGCUGAUAUUUGCUAACAAACAGGAUCUACCAAACGCAAUGAAUGCAGCAGAAAUCACCGACAAGCUAGGUCUGCACUCGCUAAGAAACCGCAACUGGUACAUUCAGGCAACGUGCGCAACGAGCGGCGAUGGUCUGUACGAGGGACUCGAUUGGCUUUCCAAUCAGCUGAAAAAUGCCAAUCGCUAAAACAUCAGCAGCAGCAGCAGCAGCCGCAGGAGCAGCAGUAGGUCAUUGCGCAUCCUCACCACGGUGGGUCUUGGCGGCCUCAACAUCAUUGCAAAGAAACAAAAACAUCCAUAUUUUGAGACGGGACUCCGCUGUCGUUCUUUGAGUGGUCAGAGUGGCGCAAAUGGGUAGGUGUAAGAGGACAGGAAGCUGUGGAAUGGAAUGGUGCAUCAGAAUCGAUCGGCGUGUGUGGGUGGGUUGGUGAAUGAAGGUAGUAGCUAAGGCGGAAAGGCGGAGAACACUAGCAGCUAUGUUUGCGAAUCGCGGUUCUAGAAUGUCAGUGUUGCUCUGCUCAGCCACUAGUUGGCCGAAAGUAUUUCUAGCCCGCGCAAAAGACGCUUCUUUGCGCGCUUGGAACCGAAAUGAAGGAAUAAAUAGAUGAUGCUCAGGAGCAAAGAUUGAACACGAUCAUCAUGAUCACGGGGAGGACGACACCGACGGGGUAUACACAUUUAUACACAAACACACGCGGACGGACGGACGUUCACUUUCGGACUUCGGACUACGGACUAAACGGUGUUAAAGAUAAUGAUAAUAAAGAUUAAGCCGCAGGGCAGAGGUGAGCAGCAACCGCAAGGACAAGCAAAACAUCCACAUGGAACACAACCUACCAUCAAGAUUAAGGCAUGUAAAAUAGUAGCAGACGAACGAAAGACGCUCUUUGCAUGCACAUUGUUGGAGGCGCGGCACCUUCAUGGAUGCGCCCCUAGAGGCCCGGUCUGGAUGGCAGGACAAGAGAAGACACCGAGAAGCCUUCCCCGAACGGGCAAGCGAUGUAGACGAUGUGGUGUGGUAUGCGAAAGGACAUUAAUUUUUGUCUCUAAAUGUAUAUUUAUCCUCAAAUCAUCGUUUAAUUCCGAUCUGGACUCCCCACAUACACACAACAAACAUCUAGAACGCAUCAAAAUAAAGUCGCACCCCACAAUACACUCCCCAUUCAUCCCCGACGGCGACCGUGCCCAGGGAAACUCCGAUGAAUAGAACGAUAGAUAAAUAGAGACCUACCAUAGCGGAAACAUCAUGUAAUGCAAAACAUUAAUGUUGUGAACGAUUGUUUCCCUUUUUUAAGCUUUUGUUGCUUCAUGUUAGACAGAAUCCGAAAUGUCCCAUGGAAGCAACUGAUCAUGGCAGUUCUAGCGCGCUAGUUCCACCUUAUCAUGCACACUUUCACGCACGGUGGUGCACCUUAGCAUAAUUCCACUUACAGCGUUGCACCAUUUAUUCCGUUCUUUGCGUGCCCUAUAUCCUUUCGACAACAUUUGCCGCCCACAAAGAGGACACGUUUGCUUCAGGAGAAGAACGCAACAGCAUCACGGAGCGCGCGAUGCAAGUUAACGACAGACGCCAGACACCACACAACGUACACGUGACCAAAAACGCAACGUACACGACAUUCAAACGGACGCAGACGUGAGCCCCCCGGGGGCAGGCAGGCAGGCGCAGUGAGGGAAAAUAUAUAUGUAUAAUUACAGAUAACGAGACAAAAUGUUAGGUAAACAAAAAACUAUAAUGAAGGAAAAUUGCAAACAGAAAUAAACGCCAAACACCUUGAGGCAUGAACACAAAGGAGGGACACUCUUUUAACACGUGGAUUACUGCAGGUCGUCGCGACCGCGACACACAUUGGAGAGGAAUAAACCUUGCAUUCGACGCUCCUCUUUCACAAAACAAAACACACACAGACACUCGUAAAACACAGCAAAGAUAAAGGAUGCAUCAGUGAUUAACUUCAAUACUGUCCAGUCCCAGCCCAGCCUCUGAAAGUCGUCGGUCCGCCUCAUUUGGAUUCGGGAAACGGAGGACGUGGCCAACAGAAAGUGGUUGGCCGUUUUAUUUUGCUUUGCAUUCAGUUGCGCUCAGUGCUUUCAAAUGCAGAGUGGGGCCGACAGGGAGAUAGAGAAAGAACCAUUGAACACACACAAUAGCAACACACAACGCGAACUGGCUGGGCAAAAGGAAUCUGAUCAAAGUGAGACUAGGUUUCUGCUUCCUCUCUAACUUAUUAUCAGCGUCAUCUUCAUCAACGGAAGGUACAUUAUGAGCAGAAAAUAUUCCACAAAAUAUAAGGAGGAAGGGUGAGAGCAUUUGUUUCUUUAAAUUAAUUUACAGUUAGUGCAAAACAGAACCCGAGUUACUAAGAGAAAAUUGGAACAUUCACAUCGCCGGAAUCGAUUAACACUGAAGUGAAGCGUUAAUGAGAUGGAAUAGAACCCGAAAUUACGGAGAGAGCUUAUCGAUUAGUGGCAAACGAAUAAUAAAAGGAAGCA